AUGGAAAUCCAGAGCCAAGCCAUGUCUGAAUAUACAGCUUUCCUCGACAAACUGAGGCCAAUUCUAGAUGAAUUGAAGUGCUGCAAGUUCAUGGAUAUCAACACCGUACGUAAAACUGUGGAAUCUCUUGAAGUCGAGCUCCUGCGAGCUGACAAGGCUAUGACACCAAGCACCGAUGACUUCACAUAUUCCACUGCUAAACAGAUGGAGCAUAUGAUUCAUCAUUUGGGAAGGACUCUGGGUCUAGUCCUUUUCGCUACACGAAAGAUUAUACUGAUAGAUAAGAGAGAAGAGAUGGAGGAUUUGCGAAAGGAAAUGAUGGGAGCCAGGUUUGUAUCAUCCAGACCCAACAGCUAUUCGGAAUUGGAUAUUGAUUAUUACGAAUAUCCUGAAAUAGAGCCGAUGGAGACUACUACUGAUCAGGAAGAGUCGGAAGGGGAGAUUAACUUGGAUAUUGAUGAUAUAGUUUUGCAACUCAAGUAUGGAGCUGACGACGAAUUCGGACGAGCAUUAUCCGGAUUCAACUCCUUGAUUAGAGACAAUUCUAUAACGAACGAUUGGAUAAAUGAAGAAGGGAUCGUUCAAAUCUUGUUCAAUAGGUUGGGUUCGAGUAUGCUUGUUAAUCGGUUGACUGUGCUUCAGACAUUAAGACUCUUGAUAGCCCACUCUUCUCAAAAUAAGGAGAAGAUGACAGACAACGGGUCAAUGGGGAUUUUGGUGAAAUCGCUGGCUAGAGAUGUGGAGGAGAGAAGGGAAGCAGUAGGGUUGAUGUUAAGCUUAUCGGAUAUGGCUGCUUUUGGGAGAAGGGUUGGUCGGAUUCAGGGCUGCAUAGUGAUGCUAGCCGCCAUUUUGAACGGAGAUGAUUCAGUGGCCUCAAAUGAUGCAGAAAAGUUGUUGAAUGCUCUUUCAAAUAAUACACAGAAUGCAAUUCAUAUGGCGGAAGCCAGUUACUUCAAGCCCCUUGUUCAUUACCUACACAAUGGAUCGGACAUGAGUAAGAUACUCAUGGCUACUGCACUUUCAAGAAUGGAACUUACAGAUCAAUGUAAAGCUUCUCUCGGUGAAGAUGGUGCUAUCGAGCCAUUGGUUAAGAUGUUUAAUGGCGGGAAGCUUGAAGCUAAAUUCUCAGCUUUGAGUGCCUUACAGAAACUAUCAAGUUUAAAAGAGAAUAUCAAUAGAUUAAUCGCUUCAGGAAUGGUUACCUCUCUUCUUCAGCUUCUUUUUUCAGUCACCUCUGUUCUCAUGACUCUGAGGGAACCAGCAUCCGCCAUUCUCGCGAAGAUCGCUCAGUCUGAAUCAGUCCUUGUCAGCCAAGAUAUCGCUCAACAAAUGCUUUCUCUAUUACACUUAUCCAGUCCAAUUAUUCAACUUCAUCUACUUGAAGCCCUCAACAGCAUCGCUGCACAUCCAAAUGCUUCAAAAGUCAGAAGGAAAAUGAAGGAAAACGGCGCAAUUCAACUCCUCUUUACCUUUCUAAACGAAACAAACACCAAUAUCAGGACCAGUGCGUUGAACUUGAUCUGCACUUUGAGUCAGCAUUUCCCUGAAGAACUGACCGAACAACAACCGAAUGAAUCCGAAUUACGAUUAAUCGUUAACAUCAUAGAUUCAUCUGUUUCAGUUACCGAAAAGGAAGCAGCAAUUGGCAUUUUAAGUAACAUUCCACUAACUAACAAGAAAGCUACACAUACCUUAAAGAAAGCACAACUACUCCCAAUGAUCAUCUCCAUCGUCAACAAUUCAACUUCGUCAAACAAUUCACGUCUCUUAGCCGAGAGAAUUGCAGGUUUAUUGAUACGAUUCACAUCAGACAAACAGUUACAAAAAUUCUCAGUUGAAAUCGGGAUCAUACCUUCGCUAGUGAAGUUACUCUCAAACGAAUGGUCCGUUAUUACACAAUCAAGAUCUGCAACCGCUCUAUCACAACUAUCUGAAACCUCUCUAUCCCUGAAGAAAUCCAAAUCAAAAAGAUGGAUCUGCGUUCAACCGUCGUCGAACACGUUAUGCUCUGUUCACGAAUCAUAUUGUUCGGUUAAAGGAACGUUCUGUCUGAUCAAAGCAGGUGCAGUAUCUCCAUUGAUGAGAAUUUUGGAAGGGAAUGAAAGGGAAGCGGAUGAAGCUGUUCUUGGAGCAUUGGCGACACUUUUAGAAGACGGAAUAUGGGAAAAAGGAAGCAGUUGUGUAGUGAAAGCAGUGUUACCGAUUAUUAGGGUUUUGGAAAAGGGAACGACGGUGAAAGCGCAGGAGAAAGGUGUUUGGAUAUUGGAGAGGAUAUUUCGAAUUGAAGCUUAUAGAUUAGAGUAUGGUGAAUCUGCUGAAAUGGUGCUUAUUGAUAUGGCGCAGAGAGGUGAUCCUUCGUUGAAACCGAUUGUUGCUAGGAUCUUGGCUCAACUUCAGUUAUUGCAAAUUCAAUCUACUUAUUUUUAAUAGACUUUUGGGUUAGUUUUGAAUCAAAUCAAAGUUGAAGUGAGAAUUGGGAAAAAAUAAAAAUGACCGAAUUACUAUUUUGGGU